AUGACUCACUCGACAAGAAAUGGUUUGAGGCCUGCUGGCGGUAUCCUGCAGCAGCAGGGUUCAGGUCAACAUGAUUUUGAUUUAGCUGAUGCUCUUGAUCACCCAGAUGACAUAAUUACCAGGAAGCCUACAGUGAUCAGAAGACCGACAAGGCCUGUACUGAACAAUGAUCUGCAUUUAGGAGAUGCUCUUGGUGGGGGUGAUAUCUCAAGGAAACCUCUAUACCCACCUCUUCCACCACGACCGGGAAGCUAUAGUAAUUCUGGAGGUUUUGACGACUCAGAUCUCCUUGAUGGGAAGCCUUUACCACCACACAUAACAGGAGAAGAGGAGCAUCAUUUCAAUCAUGGCGGAAACACGGAUUCAGGAUUAAUAGCUGGAGUUACAUCUCCUAUAAUUUCUGCCUUUGUAAUAUUAGUUGUGGGAUCGAUAGCGGCCUACUCUGCUUACAAGAACAAGAGACUUUGUUUCAAACCACAAGGUGGGGAUACAGUAUAAACCACUGAAAGAAGAGUGGCCCUCUGAUGACAGACUCCUUUUGUUGGUGACAUUCAGCCCACAGACCCAACAAUUUUGUUCUAUUUUAUCAUUCUGACAAAAGAAAAUCUCCCUCUAAAGAACGUUAUGUUGAGACACUGAAAUUCUGCUCUCUUUUACCUGAUGUCACCCUUGCACCUUGAGCUUUAUGUCAUUGAAGAUGUGCUUAAAAGGUCAAGGGAUUUUAUUGAACUAUCCAACCUGCAUUCAUAAAGGCUAGAAACACAUUUUGAUUCAGAAGUUAUUUUAAGCAACAAAAAAAUCAAGUUUAAUAUAAGCUAAAAUUUGAAAAAUUUUGGUUUGUGAGCAUUUGUGUCACUGCACAAUUUUUUUUCUGCUUUCAAAAUUAGCCAAAAUACUUAAUACUUCUGAUAAAAUAGGAGUAAAGAAAUCGCUGUUUCCAUUCAUACGUAUUGGGUUUCUUAAGUAUAUUUCUGUAUUGUUUAUAAUGGUUAAGGAAAAUUUUAAGUUGUAUAAAGGAUUAAAAGUUUUAAUGCCUUUGCUUUGUAUUUAUGUCUGAAUUCUAGCAAAGUGAAAGGAGCUAUAGAUGGAAAAUCAAUUCUUAAUUUGAAAAUAUAGCAUGAAAAGAAUACGUACAUUGACAAACCACUGUUUAAAAAAAAAUAAAAAUUAGAGGAACACAUGCUGGUUUAUUUAUUUAUUUAUUUAUUACUGAAAUGUGUUUGGCUUUUCUCAGGAACUGGA